AUGAAAUUUGGUAAAUACUUGGAGAGACACCAAGUAAGUGAAUGGAGAAAGAAAUAUGUCUAUUACAAAUUAUUCAAGAAACAAAUUAAAGCAAUUAAACGUGCUAUCUUGGAGGAUUCAAAUCAAGCAAAUGCAGCAAGAAGAACAUUAUCAUUAACAUCCAUUAGAGGUGGUAAUAAUAAUAAUAACAAUAAUGGUAAACCAACAAUAAUUGAAAAUAAUAAUAAUAAUAAUGGUGGAGGAGAAGAAGAUAAUGAAGCGGGACAAGAUCCUAACCUUAUUGCUAUGAACCAGUUAAAUGGAGGAAACAAGAAACCUGCUCCAACCAAAGCAGGAGCCAAUCAAGAAAGAGAACAAAGUAAAUUCGAUCAAAUGGUAUUGGAAGAGUUUGAAAAGGUUAAUACAUUUUACAAGGAAAGAGAACAAGAGUUUUAUCGACAGUUUGAAAGUAUCAAACAGAAAUUAAUGUCUCUCAAGGAUCAAGGCAUGUUGGCAUCGAAAAAGAAAAAACCAAAGGAUGGGUCUGGAUUGAGUGGUAGUAUGUCAACCACACCAAACCUAGUACCUUCACCUACGAUGCACGCUAUCAAUGACACUAGAGAAGAGAAUAACAAGAAAUUCAAUCUUCACCUAUUUAGAAGAUCACAUAGAUUGAGUCGAUCACCAUCACAAAAUCAACUUGGCAGCAAUGGUGGCAAUGUUACUGAUUCACCUGGUAGUACACCAGCAGGGUAUACACUACCAGCAUACGAUCCAGAAAACCACCAAUCACCAUUAGCAGAGUCAUCAGCACCACAAAACAUGGCACAAAAGGCAUUGGCCCAUGCAUCAAAGGCUGAAACCUAUUGGCCAAAAGUCAAAUACACCAAAGUCAAACGAGCACUCAAAAGAGCAUUGGAAGAGAUUUAUCGUGAAAUUGAAGUACUCAAGGAAUAUGUUAUUCUCAAUCAUACGGCAUUUAGAAAAAUAUUUAAAAAAUAUGACAAGGUAUUACAACAAUCGAAAAGUGGUGAAGCCAUGGCAAAUGUAAAUUCACAAUAUUUUGUAACUUCAAAAAUUUUACAAGCAAUUGAACAUGAUAUAGAGAAAUUAUAUACAGAUUGUUUUAAACCAGGAAAUAGAAGAGAUGCAAUGGGAAAAUUAAGGGUUCAAUUAAAUUAUCAUGCACCACCGAGGAUUAUUUUUUUCACUGGGUUGCUGUCUGGAGGUGCAUUAAUGUUGUUUAUAUUUUGUGUUCGGUAUAUGAUUGGAAGUGUUUCAAUCUUUUAUUUUGAUGAACCUUAUCCUAUAGAUUUUCUUUCAAUGUUUAUUUUAUUUAGAGCUUUAGCUUUACCUAUUAUAAUGGUUUGGUAUUUUGGAAUAUUAAUGUAUAUAUGUUCGAUUAAAAAAAUUAAUCAUGUUUUUAUUCUUGGUUGGGAUCCUAGAACUCAUACAAAUCAUUAUCAUAUAUUAUUGUUGGCAAGUGUAUUAAGUUUUAUGUGGUCAGUUGGAUUAUAUCUUUAUGUUUAUCUAAGUACACAUAUUGAUGGGUAUAUACCGAUUAUAUUCCCAUUUAUUCUUAUCAUGUCAAUUCUUGUAACAUUGGUUUGUCCUUUAAAUAUUAUGAAUCGAUCAAGUAGAUAUUGGCUUAUUCACACUUUUGGUAGAAUUUUCUCGGCUCCCUUUUUGGCAGUCAAAUUCAAGGAUUUCUUCUUUGGUGAUCAACUUACUAGUUUGGCAGUUGUCCUAAGUGAUCUUCAAUACAUUGUCUGUUAUUUUGUCUAUGACCUUUGGACUCAUGAUGGCAAGUGUUGGGCAAUCAAUCCAUACUGUCGUCCCAUUCUAGUAUCUGUUCCUCCACUCCUCAGAGCUCUUCAAUCAGUUCGUCGUUAUCGUGAUAGUAAACAAAAUAUUCAUAUGAUGAAUUUUUGUAAAUAUGCAAUGUCUAUUCUAUCAACUAUAGCUUCUGCCUUGGCUCAUGCGGCUUUUACUAAAAAUAUUAGUCAAGGAGGACAAAUUACAUUAAUAGUAUUAUGGUUAAUAAUAGCAUCAAUAAGUACAUUGAUUAGUUGUUCAUGGGACUUUUUAAUGGAUUGGGGUAUUUUACAAACAAAUAGUAGAAACUUUUUACUUAGGGAUCAUCUAUUGUACAGACCAAAAUCAAUCUACUAUUUUGCCAUUGUAUCAAAUAUCAUCAUGAGAGUUUCAUGGGCUGUCAAUUUAUCUUUUGAAUCUUAUUCUUCAAGACAAAAGGAAUUAAUUGUUUUAAUUACUUCCAUUUUAGAAGUUACUAGAAGAUUUCAAUGGAAUUUUUUCCGUUUAGAGAAUGAACAUUUAUCAAAUGUUGGUAAAUUUAGAGCUUUUGAUUUAAGAAUACCAGAAGUAUAUUCUCCAUUGGCAGCAAUUGAUACAAUGGUAAAAAAUGUUGUCAAGGAUGAUAGUAAUUCAAGAUCACAAGAAGAAGAAGAUUUUAGUAAAGAGGAAGAGGAAGAUGACGAGGAGGGUUCAUAUGAACUAACAGCAUUAGAAAAUGAUAUGAUUGAAUGUAUUAAUACUACCAAUACCAACAAUCAAGAAAUAUCUACUACCAUUUCAAAUAAAGAUGACUAA